AGCUCAAUAAGAGGUUCAUACUCAGCUUCCUCCACGCUCACGGAAAACUCUUCACUAAAGUGGGGUGAGUACUCUGCCUUGUGUGUUUGCGUGCGUACAUAUGAGUGUACAAGCUUGUUUUUUUAUGUCGUCAAUAAAAUAUGUAGACUUCAUUUUCUGUAGCCUGUCGCAGACAGCUUUUUUUUUUUUUACUAGCACUGAUUAUGAUGAUAGCUGCUGUUUAAGUAGAGAGAUUUUGCUUCCAAUCACUGUGAUAUGUGGUUGUCUUUCUUAACUCAGUUGAAUGCACUGUCUGUAAGUCUCUCUGGAUAAGUAGUGUCUGUUCAGUGAGUAACACUCAAUGUGUUGCAGUAUGGAGUCUUUCCCGGCGGUGGCCAGUCGUGUUCUCCAGGAGUUCCGAGCGCUGCUCCAACACAGCCCCUCCCCCCUGGGCAGCACGCGCAUGUUACAGAUCAUCACCAUUAACAUGUUCACUAUACACAACGCUCAGAGCAGAGGUAACACACACACAAUUGUAACCUUGUGCAAAAACACUCAAGUCUAUGACUAAAUGUUUCUCUCUCUCUUUCUGUCUCGCUCUCUCUCUUUCUGUCUCGCUCUCUCUGUCUCUCUCUCUCUCUUUCUUUCUCUCUUUCUCUCUCUCUCUUUCUCUCUCCUUUCUUUCUCUCUUUAUCUCUCUCUUUAUUUCUCUCUCUCUCUCUCUCUCUCUAUUUCUCGCGCUCUCUCUCUGCUACUCUCUCUUCUGUCUCUCUCUCUCUCGCUCUCUCUCUGUCUGUCUAUAUCUCUAUUUAGCUCUCUUCUUUCUCUCUGUCUCUCUCUCUCUCUAUUUCUAUCUCUCUCUUCUUUCAUAUCUCUCGCAUCUCUCUCCGCUCUCUCUAGCUAUAUAAUAUCUAUGUCUCGUGGCUCUGUCUAUCUCUAUAUGAUGUAUAUGUCUAUGUAGCGUAUCUCUGCGCUCUAUCUCGCUCUCUCCGCUCUCUCUCUGUCCGCUCUCUGUAUCUCGCUCUCUGUAUCGCUCUCGUUUCUAAAUCUCUAGAGCAUCGAGGGGACUCAGAGUACUAUAUGAUGUAGAGAGCGUAGCUGAUAUAGAGGAGAGAGCUAGAGAGAGAGAGAGGGGAGAGAUAUGAGAGAGGGGUAGCGCGAUGGGCUCGUCGGGCGAAAGUCGAGAUAGCGCGUGGGAGAUACUCGUAUAUCUCUCUUAUGUAUCUGUUUGGGUAUAUAUCUCGGGUAGAAAGUAUCUUAUAUCGAUCUUAUCUAGUACUCUGUCUCCUCCUCUGUAGAGUUUUGUAUCUAUUCUAUAGAUCUCUCUCUUUCGAUUCUCUCUGUCUCUCUCUGUCUGUCUCUCUCUUCUUUCUCUCUUGCUCUCUUUCUUUCUCUAUUUCUCUCCUCUCUCUCUCUCUGUCUCUCUCUCCUAUCUGUCUAAUGUUCUCUGUCUCUGUCUCUCCUCUCUGUCUCUGUCUCUCUGUCUCUCUCUCUCUCUCUAGGGGGAGAUGGUGAGGUGAGGUCUGUGUUACAGGAGCAGACAACAGCUCUGGGUCUGGCCAUGUUCUCUCUGCUGGUCCAACGCUGCACAGAGCUGCUGAGAGACACACCCGCAGGUACACACUCACACAUACACACACACACACACACACACACACACACCCGCAGGUACACACUCACACAUACACAACACACACACACACACACACACACACACACACCCGCAGGUACACACUCACACAUACACACACACACACACACACACACACACACACACACACCCGCAGGUACACACUCACACACACACACACACACACACAAACACACACGCAGGUACACACACACACACACACACACCCGCAGGUACACACACACACACACACACAACCCGCAGGGUACACACUCACACAUACACACACUCACACAUACACACACACCACACACACACACGCAGGGUACACACACACACACACACACACACACACACACACACACCCGCAGGUACACACUCACACAUACACACACUCACACAUACACACACACACACACACACAACACGCAGGUACACACACACACAACACACACACACACACACACACACCCGCCAGGUACACACUCACACAUACACACACUCACACAUACACACACACACACACACACACACCCGCAGGUAAACACACACACACACACACACACACACACACACAUUGAGAGAAGCUACGUCUUCCUGGCUAUAACACCGGGGCUCGCAUUCCAUUUCCUCAAUUCAGUGCCGCUCUUCAGCGAGCCCAAACCCCCUGACGGCGCAGGGAAUAGUAGUUAUAUUCAUAGCUGUACAUUCCCUCUCAGUCGGUCACUCUUUAUAACAUACGGGGACACGCCACCAAGCCGGCACAGAGGGUACAUAACUAGGAGGCCGACGGCAGCCGAAGAACACACAGGUUCCACCAGUUCCUAAAGGGGACCUUUUUCCCUAAGACUUACCUGAGAAGUCUGAACUGUCAGAGGCCCAUACCAGAACCAGAACCUGCUGCAGCUUGGGUCUGCACACUGACACGCUGCAGCCCAAGUCCCUGGACCCCACGGUUCCAAGAACAACACUUACCUUGCGAGCCUGAAAUGUACAACCCGCAAGUCCAAAACAACAGAACACCCUGACGUGGCUUGGUAAAGCACACGCACGCUGCAUAGCGUCGACCAGAGUUGAUGAGCCACGGCAGGCCGAGGUUCAAACCCACGGGAAACCUGCAGUAACCCUGGAAACUGUGUACUCGUGUGCGCUGCCACGACACCCCAAGGAGCACGGGAGAAUUUGGCACCCACGACUGCAGAUAUGAAUUUGAUGGCUGUGGGUUUACAGUCGGCGUGUGCACCCUCUACGAGAGGGUUGUAUAAGUAAGUGGCGCGCGUUUGAGGGUUGGUGUCAGGUUGAAGGAGUUUCUCCUUUUUCAGAGCUCUUUGGGGGACAUGUUGAUGUUCUUGCUAAAGCUUUGUGAGCAGGGCCUUUCUUUUUCCACAUUGAAGGUUUAUAUGGCAGCCAUCCCAAUGACACGGAACCCCCUAUGGGGUUGCUCGCUGUUUAUUAUCUGUGCAUAGUCACUUUACCCCUACCUACAUGUACAAAUUACCCCGACUAACCUGUACCCCCGCAAAUUGACUCGGUACCGGUACCCCCCGUAUAAAGCCUCAUCAUUGUAAUUUUAUUGUGUUACUUUUUAUUUUAUUUUUUUACUUUAGUUUAUUUAGUAAAUAUUUUCUUAACUCUAUUUCUUGAACUACAUUGUUGGUUAAGUGCUUGUAAGUAAGCAUUUCAUGGUAAAAACCUGUUGUAUUCGGCGCAUGUGACGAAUAAAAUUUGAUUUGAUUAUGGGUUGCCGCCCAAAAGGCGGAUGAUCUCUAGGAACCAGGGUUGUCUGGCCCAAUAGGAAGCCACCAAAAUCAACUACAGACCCUCCACGGUGGCCUGAAUCAGGUCCAUCAGAGGAACGCAUAGAGCAGGGUUCCGAGGCCACUGAUACGCCAAAGCAUCCGAUCCCAACGGAGCGCCCAGAUCCCUUAUUGAGAAGAGCAGACUGCAAUGCGGGUUUUCUCGCGAUGCGUUAGAUCUAUGUUGGCCCAUAUCUGGGGUGCAGUCUCCACUCCGUAGAGAUAGGAACCCCCCCCCCCCCCCCCCCCCGGAAAGUAGCUCCGCACCCACGUUGAGAGAUUGACCGAGCCACUUGGGAGCACUGUUGCCACAGUAAAUGUUUGGGGAGGAGGGCCCCGAGCCAAACAACCUUGUUGGCGAAACUGGCUCAUUCAAAUAUAUCCGCCUGUCCCUCUCAGGAAUCCAGAGAAGAGGCACUGUUUAUUCAGAAGCACCGUGCUAGGAGUAGCCCCCUUGUUAGCCUCUGGAUCGAAGGAAAUCACUCACUCGUUUGCUAAAUCUUUAAGCACUCACUCAAUCACUCAUUUGCUACAUCUUUAAGCACUCACUCAAUCACUCAUUUGCUAAAUCUUUAAGCACUCACUCAAUCACUCAUUUGCUAAAUCUUUAAGCAGUCACUCACUCACUCAUUUGCUAAAUCUCACUCACUCACUCAGAGCCCUUCCCGGAGGAGGAGAGAGAACAGGGGGAUGAGGAGGAGGGGAUGGUGAGAGUUUCUGCCUUCCCAUUGGACCUGAGGGAGCUGCUGCCCAGCGUCAAGGUCUGGUCUGAUUGGAUGCUUGGACACCCCAACCAAUGGAAUCCUCCGCCUUGUAGUAUAGAGUAAGUACACACACACCCACACACAGGAUGAGCAAUUUUUUCCUGUUUGUUGCCUGGGUGGGUGGAGUUAGCGCUCAAUUUAAAACGUAAUAGACUUUUAAUUUAAAAGAUUCUAACCGACACUCUCUCCUCUCCCAGCUGUAGUCCUGAUGUGUGGCGUAGCCUGGCAGACCUGUGUAAUGCGUUGGCACGUGUCGACCACGGCGAGGCGCCGCUGUACAAGGCAGACGGGGACGGAGGGGAGGGGGACGAGGAGCUCCGCCUGCUGCUGUUGGAGGAGGACAGGCUAUUGGCCGGCUUCGUCCCGCUGCUCGCCGCCCCGCAGGAACCCUGCUACAUAGACUGCACCGGGGAUACCGUGAGUUUAUACACCAUACACACACACACACACUCACACUCACAGAACCAUAUCAUUAGACCUAUAGUCUCUCUCUGUCUCUCUUCCCCCCACCCCCAGGUGAUAGCCGCUGACUGUAAAAGGGUAACGGUGUUGAAGUAUUUCCUGGAGGCUCUGUGUGGACAGGAAGAGCCUCUCCUGGCCUUUAAAGGAGGGAAGUAUGUCUCCAUGGCAACCUCUCCCCGCCCCGGCGACGCACGCAGCAGACAGGACUCACAGACCGAGAGAGAGGUGUGUGUCCAUCUCUGUCCUCUGUGUCUCACUGGUUUUUAUCCAAAGAACUGAGUUACACAGCCGAUUCAACUGUGUAUUUCUUAAUGCUGACCUCACAACAUUGAUUUCCAUGUAAAUGGACAGUUAUCAUAUCGCAACUAGUCACCUUCAUGAAGACCAUGGUUAGCUGAAUCGCGUGUCUAUGUUUUGUAUCAUCUACUAACAUGUCCUCUUCUUCUGUGGCUGUGUCGCAGAGUGAUGAUGUCAUCGUGGAGGCAGAGUCGUCCGUGUCGGACGGGGACGGUGAUGAUGGCAGUGAGGAUGACAUCCGAGAGCUCCGGGCCCGACGCAGCGCCCUCACCAACGAACUGGCUCAGCAGCAGAGACGCAGGGAAAAGAUACAGGUAACGCACGCACUAUGCAUAUAUAUAUAUAUAUAUAUAUAUAUAUAUAUAUAUAAUAAGGCCUUACUUAAUACAGUGGCCUGAAACUUAAGGUUUUAUGAUGGCUUGCGAAGUGAUAUGUGUACAGUGCCUUGCAAAAAUAUUCAUCCCCCUUGGUGUUUUUCCUAUUUUGUUGCAUUACUACCUGUCAUUUAAAUGGAUUUUAAAUUUGGAUUUCAUGUAAUGGACAUACACAAAAUAGUCCAAAUUGGUGAAGUGAAAUAAAAAAAAUAAAAAAAAUAAUACAAAAAAUUUAUAACGGAAAAGUGGUGCGUGCAUAUGUAUUCACCCCCUUUGCUAUGAAGCUCCUAAAUAAGAUCUGGUGCAAACAAUUACCUUCAGAAGUCACAUAAUUAGUUAAAUGAAGUCCACUUGUGUGCAAUCUAAGUGUCACAUGAUCUGUCACAUGAUCUCAGUAUAUAUACACCUGUUCUGAAAGGCCCCAGAGUCUGCAACACCACUAAGCAAGGGGCACCACCAAGCAAGCGGCACCAUGAAGACCAAGGAGCUCUCCAAACAGGUCAGGGACAAAGUUGUGGAGAAGUACAGAUUAGGGUUGGGUUAUAAAAAAAUAUCCAAAACUUUGAACAUUCCACGGAGCACCAUUAAGUCCAUUAUUAAAAAAUUGAAAGAAUAUGGCACCACAACAAACCUACCAAGAGAGGGCCGCCCACCAAAACUCACGGACCAGGCAAGGAGGGCAUUAAUCAGAGAGGCAACAAAGAGACCAAAGAUAAACCUGAAGGAGCUGCAAAGCUCCACAGUGGAGAUUGGAGUAUCUGUCCAUAGGACCACUUUAAGCCGUGCACUCCACAGAGCUGGGCUUUAUGGAAGAGUGGCCAGAAAAGAGCCAUUGCUUAAAGAAAGAAGUAAGCAAACACGUUUGGUGUUCGCCAAAAGGCAUGUGGGAGACUCCCCAAAUAUAUGGAAAAAGGUACUCUGGUCAGAUGAGACUAAAAUUUUGCUUUUUGGCCAUCAAGGAAAACGCUAUGUCUUGCGCAUACCCCAAGAGACUUGCAGCUGUAAUUGCUGCAAAAGGUGGCUCUACAAAGUAUUGACUUUGGGGGGGUGAAUAGUUAUGCACGCUCAAGUUUUCAGUUUUUUUGUCUAAUUUUGCAUCUUCAAAGUGGUAGGCAUGUUGUGUAAAUCAAAUGAUACAACCCCCCCCAAAAAUCCAUUUUAAUUCCAGGUUGAAAGGCAACAAAAUAGGAAAAAUGCCAAGGGGGGUGAAUACUAUCACAAGCCACUGUAUAGACACACACUAUAUACAGUGAGGGAAAAAAGUAUUUGAUCCCCUGCUGAUUUUGUACGUUUGCCCACUGACAAAGAAAUGAUCAGUCUAUAAUUUUAAUGGUAGGUUUAUUUGAACAGUGAGAGACAGAAUAACAACAAAAAAAUCCAGAAGAAUGCAUGUCAAAAAUGUUAUAAAUUGAUUUGCAUUUUAAUGAGGGAAAUAAGUAUUUGACCCCCUCUCAAUCAGAAAGAUUUCUGGCUCCCAGGUGUCUUUUAUACAGGUAACGAGCUGAGAUUAGGAGCACACUCUUAAAGGGAGUGCUCCUAAUCUCAGCUUGUUACCUGUAUAAAAGACACCUGUCCACAGAAGCAAUCAAUCAAUCAGAUUCCAAACUCUCCACCAUGGCCAAGACCAAAGAGCUCUCCAAUGAUGUCAGGGACAAGAUUGUAGACCUACACAAGGCUGGAAUGGGCUACAUGACCAUGGCCAAGAAGCUUGGUGAGAAGGUGACAACAGUUGGUGCGAUUAUUCGCAAAUGGAAGAAACACAAAAGAACUGUCAAUCUCCCUCGGCCUGGGGCUCCAUGCAAGAUCUCACCUCGUGGAGUUGCAAUGAUCAUGAGAACGGUGAGGAAUCAGCCCAGAACUACACGGGAGGAUCUUGUCAAUGAUCUCAAGGCAGCUGGGACCAUAGUCACCAAGAUAACAAUUGGUAACACACUACGCCAUGAAGGACUGAAAUCCUGCAGCGCCCGCAAGGUCCCCCUGCUCAAGAAAGCACAUAUACAGGCCCGUCUGAAGUUUGCCAAUGAACAUCUGAAUGAUUCAGAUGAGAACUGGGUGAAAGUGUUGUGGUCAGAUGAGACCAAAAUUGAGCUCUUUGGCAUCAACUCACCUCGCAGUGUUUGGAGGAGUAGGAAUGCUGUCUAUGACCCCAAGAACACCAUCAAACAUGGAGGUGGAAACAUUAUGCUUUGGGGGUGUUUUUCUGCUAAGGGGACAGGACAACUUCACCGCAUCAAAGGGACGAUGGACGGGGCCAUGUACCGUCAAAUCUUGGGUGAGAACCUCCUUCCCUCAGCCAGGGCAUUGAAAAUGGGUUGUGGAUGGGUAUUCCAGCAUGACAAUGACCCAAAACACACGGCCAAGGCAACAAAGGAGUGGCUCAAGAAGAAGCACAUUAACGUCCUGGAGUGGCCUAGCCAGUCUCCAGACCUUAAUCCCAUAGAAAAUCUGUGGAGGGAGCUGAAGGUUCGAGUUGCCAAACGUCAGCCUCGAAACCAUAAUGACUUGGAGAAGAUCUGCAAAGAGGAGUGGGACAAAAUCCCUCCUGAGAUGUGUGUAAACCUGGUGGCCAACUACAAGAAACGUCUGACCUCUGUGAUUGCCAACAAGGGUUUUGCCACCAAGUACUAAGUUAUGUUUUGCAGAGGGGUCAAAUACUUAUUUCCCUCAUUAAAAUGCAAAUCAUUUUAUAACAUUUUUUACAUGCAUUUUUCUGGAUUUUGUUGUUGUUAUUCUGUCUCUCACUGUUCAAAUAAACCUACCAUUAAAAUUAUAGACUGAUCAUGUCUUUGUCAGUGGGCAAACGUACAAAAUCAGCAGGGGAUCAAAUACUUUUUUCCCUCACUGUACACAUGAUAUACACAUAUACACACACUAUAUACACAUAUACACACACUAUAUACACAUGUAUACACACUAUAUACACUAUAUACACAUGUAUACACACUAUAUACACGCUAUACACACACUAUAUACACAUAUACACACUGUCGUGACGUACCUUUCAUUAUUGUGAUGGUGGUGUAUUGAGAAAUGUAUUAUGUGUUAAUGAGUUUAGAUUUAAAAUGGUUGCAAGUAGCCAAUGGGAUUUGUAUGCAGCGGUUGAGUUAUCUGAAUUAACAAAUGACAAUGGGGUUUCCGUUCUUGCAUUGAAGUGAUUGGAUUACGUGAUGCAAGGGGGGGGGGUGAAAGUUCAAUGAUGUAUUGGGGAGUUGGGCUGAAGACACUGUAGAGAGUGGUCGACUGGAAUGUGUUAAGGAGAACAUGAAAUAAAUCAGUUGUGGUUAUUAUAAGUACGCUUCGGAGUCUUCAGUAAAAGAACCCAGCAUCUUAGGACGCAACAUUGAUGACUAUUAUUUAUCGAAUAAUUAACUACUAUGUUUAAUUGUUACUAGAUUAAAUUAAUUUACAUUUACAUCAUUUAGCAUUUUUUUUUCUCAUGUAAUAAUUAACUCAUUAGGUAUUUGGGGCACCACGGGAAAAGUUGUUUAACGAGUUACCGUUUCCCGAAUUAACUCUAAAGAUAUCUUGAUAUCUCUUAUAAUUUAACAGUCAUUUAUUAAUAAUUUACCUCAUAUCAGUCUCAUUCUGAAAGUAGGCUCUUUAAGAACGCGGGUCUUACUGAUCAUUCCGUACCACAGAAAUUGAUUUAAUGAUUGAUUUACUAAUUAAUUAAAAAUUAUAACACAAGAUACAAACACAUACACGGUAUAGGUAGGGAUUAGAAACUUAACACAAUGAAAACGGGUCCCUAGCGGACUAACACAAUAUGACAUUUGUUACAAAAUAUGGCGAUUUAAAGAGAGAGAGAGAGAGUGAGAGAAAACACUUGGAUACACAUGGACCUAAGCUCAUAGUAAUCCUAAUACUUUGCCCAGAACUGCCGCCCGUUUGGUAAGAAGUAAUGCAUGUAUUUACGUGUUUGUCUUCGUCGUCUCUGUUGGACCCAGGCCUUCGUGGGAAGGGGUCGAUUGGGCCUCCUCUUUUCGGAUGGCCUUUUAGAUGUAAGGUGCAGAUGUAAGGCUCAGAUUGUACCACUAGAGGUCACGAUGUCCUCCUUCUUAGUCGUCUGUUUACUUUCACUCGUUCUGGGAAGUGGUCUUCUGAGGACGGCUAAUCGGCCGUGUCGAUGAUCCCCUGUGGGGUGAUGAGAGCAGUGUAGUAGACGAUGGCUUGAAGAGAGUAACAGGAUGGUCCCACUUAAAAUCACCUUCUUAGAUACAGUCCUUAGAACAGCUACUCAGCCGUAACGUUGGUUGUUAGUGGAGGCAACUUUGUCGUCUUCACCUCGUGUUGAUUUUCAGGGUCGGGGACCAAUAAGGACAACAGCUGCAGCUUGAGGUCCGUCUAGUCUGAUCUGAUCAUUCUUAUCUCAGUCUUUUUAUGCACUCUGGUAAAGAGGGGCGUUUCCGUCAUACUGACGCGCUCUCUGAGCUCCCUCGGGCGUGGCUAGUUACGACGGAAAAGUAUUUUUAUCACUAUGAUCUUGUUAGAAAGCUAAAAUCUCAUUCCUAUCUUCACGAAAACAUUGUCUUCCUCCUUGAUAUUUUCUACCCAAGGUAAAGAUGUAAACCUGAUAUACACAGUGUAAAAGCUCUUCAAGUCACAACGUUUUCGUUAUAACGCCUUUAUACCAUUUUUAAUGACAUCACAAAAUAAACAUUAAUUUUCCAUAUUCCAUUUCUCAUCAUUCCCAACGUUUUGGAUGUUGAAAUAUAUUGUCCCAAUGUUCAUUGUUGGAUGUUGGAAGUUUUUGGGCGGCAAAAGUCUCUGAAACAAAGGACAUUCCUUUCACCAUACCACAGGGCCAGAGAUGGAUUAUCCUCCUCUCUAAUCUAUGGCAGUAUUAAGGUGUCAAGACCUGCACACCCCCCCCCCCCCCCCCCCCCCCCCUCUAAGAGUCUGGUUGUUGUCGGCCAUUUUCCAAGCUGAUAUGAGGCCUUUGAUCCUCACCCAGGGAGAGUCAUGACAACACAAUACACACACAGGCUAUACAUAGGGACACACAGAUCUGGGGACUCUGCAGAUAUAUGCCUUGUGUCCUGAUUUCCUGUGGGUCUUAAAACCUGUCUGUGCGUUAACUUGUUUGUAUGCUUGUGUGUAAAUACACCGUAGGGCCUGGGGAGAUACCAGUAUCGCAAAUAUCUUUUCCGUGGCAAAAAAUAAAUAAAAGACGAAGCAGACCAAACUCUUUGAUCAUUAAAAACCUACUGUAUGUAACGUAUUGUGUGCUAUAGCUUGGAAAAUAAAUCAACAACGACUGGGUGACAACAUCAUGAUGUUUGUUUCCAACAUUAGGGCAAUUGUCCUAAUGAAGUUAAAUCCGCUUCCGGUUUUGUUUCCUUGCCACGAUACUAAUGACUAUCGCGAUACCCUGUCCCUAGUAAUAAAUAAUAAUAAUAAUAUGCCAUUUAGCAGACGCUUUUAUCCAAAGCGACUUACAGUCAUGUGUGCAUACAUUUUUUUUGUGUAUGGGUGGUCCCGGGGAUCGAACCCACUACCUUGGCGUUACAAGCGCCGUGCUCUACCAGCUGAGCUACAGAGGACCACUAUAUACUAUAUGUAACGUGUGUGUGUGUGUGUGUGUGUGUGUGUGUGUGUGUGUGUGUGUGUGUGUGUGUGUGUGUGUGUGUGUGUGUGUGUGUGUGUGUGUGCGUGUGCGUGUGCGUGUGUGUGUGCGUGUGCGUGGUGUUUUCCUCUGUCCAGGCGGUGUUACAGACGUGUGGUCAGUUGGAGUUAGAGGUGCGUCCUCUUUUCCUGGUCCCCGACACCAACGGUUUCAUCGACCACCUUACGGGCCUCAAGACACUGCUGCAUUCUGGGACUUACAUUGUGGUGGUGCCCCUCAUAGGUAAAUAACACACAAACAAAACACAUACUGAAUUAAAUCGACCACCUCACCGGCCUCAAAAAAAACCCGCUUCUGCAGUCUGGGAUGUUUCCUAGAGGUGGUGACCUUUAUAGGUCACUAACACACACACAGAGUUCAUCGACCACCUCAUCAAAACACUUCAGUCUGGGACGUACAGUGCCUUCAGAAAGUAUUCACACCCCUUGACUUUUUCCACAUUUUUGCUGUGUCACAGCCUGAAUUUUUAAAAUGGAUUCCAUUUAGAUGUUGUGUCACUGGCCUACACACAAUACACCCAUAAUGUCAAAGUGGAAUUAUGUUUGUAGAAAUGUUUACAAAUUAAUUAAAAGUGAAAAGCUGAAAUGUCUUGAGUCAAUAAGUAUUCAACACCUUUGUUAUGGCAGGCCUAGAUAAGAGCAGGAGUUCAAAUGUGUUUAACAAGUCACAUAAUAAGUUGCAUGGACUUACUGUGUGCAAUAAUACUCUUUAACAUGAUUUUUUUUAUUACUACCUCAUCUCUGUACCCCACACAUACAAUUAUAUGUAAGGUCCCUCAGUCGAGCAGUACAUUUCAAACACAGAUUCAACAACAAAGACCAGGGAGGUUUUCCAAUGCCUCGCAAAGUAGGGCACCUACUGGUAGAUGGGUAAAAAAAAAAAGCAGACAUUGGAUAUCCCUUUGAGCAUGGUGAAGUUAUUAAUUACACUUUGGAUGGUGUAUCAAUACACCCAGUUACUACAAAGAUUAAGGUGUCCUUCCUAACUCAGUUGCCGGAGAGGAAGGAAACCGUUCAGGGAUUUCACCAUGAGGCCAAUGGUGACUUUAAAACAGUUACAGAAUUGAAUGGCUGUGAUAGCAGAAAACUGAGGAUGGAUCAACAACAUUGUAGUUACUCCACAAUACUAACCUAAAUGACAGAGUGAAAAGAAGGAAGCCUGUACAGAAUACUAAUAUUACUAAACAUGCAUCCUGUUUGCAAUAAGGCACUAAAGUAAAACUGCAAAAAAAGUGGCAAAGAAAUUACCUUUAUGUCCUGAAUACAAAGUGUUAUGUUUGGGGCAAAUCCAACACAACACCACUCUUCCUAUUUCCAAGCAUGGUGGUGGCUGCAUUAUGUUAUGGGUUUGCUUGUCAUCGGAAAGGACUAGGGAGUUUUUUGGGAUAAAAAUAAACUGAAUAGAGCUAAGCACAGGCAAAAUCCUAGAGGAAAACCUGGUUCAGUCUGCUUUCCAACAGACACUGGGAGACAUUCACCUUUCAGCAGGACAAUAACCUCAAACACAAGGCCAAAUAUACACUGGAGUUGCUUACCAAGACAACGUGGAAUGUUCCUGAGUGGCCUGGUUACAGUUUUGACUUAAAUCGGCUUAAAAAGCUAUGGCAAAACUUGUACAUGGCUGUCUAGCAAUGAUCAACAACCAACUUGACAGUGCUCUUGAGAAUUUUUUAAAGAAUACUGUGCAAAUAUUGUACAAUCCAGGUGUGCAAAGCUCUUAGAGACUUACCCAGAAAGACUCACAGCUGUAAUCGCUGCCAAAGGUGAUUCUAACAUGUAGACUCAGGGGGUUGAAUACUUAUGUAAUUUAUUUUUCAAUAAAUUUGCUAGAAUGUCUAAAAACAUGUUUUCACUUUGUCAUUAUGGGAUAUUGUGUGUAGAUGUGUAAGAUAAUUAUAAUUGUUUUAAUUCAUUUUUAGUUCAGGCUGGAACACAGCAUUUAAUGUGGAGUAAGUCAACUGGUAUGAAUAAUGUCUGAAGGCACUUUCCAUACUGGUGGUGCCCCUCAUAUGUGAGACUGAGAGAUGGAGGGAGUAGAGCCCUGCACGGGGCAUGAAAUGUAAGCCUGAGCCCUACCCAUUCACACGUUCAGUCCCUGCCCUGCCCUACCCUGCCCUGCCGUACGCUGCCCUGCCCUACCCUACGCUGCCCUGCCCUACCCUACGCUGCCCUACCCUGCCCUUCCCUGCUCUGCCCUACCCUGCCCUGCCCUACCCUACGCUGCCCUACCCUACGCUGCCCUACCCUACGCUGCCCUGCCCCGCCCUACCCUGCUGUGCCCUACCCUAUCCUGCUCUGCCCUACCCUACCCUACCCUGCCCUACCCUACCCUGCCCUACCCUGCCCCACCCUACCCUUCCCUACCCUGCCCCACCCUUCCCUACCCUGCCCUGCCCUGACCUAGUCCUACUGCUAAUUAUCAAAAUCAAGAAAAUAGCAAUUCAGUUCUCAAACCUUCCACCACAAAGCCCUGACCUACAGAGAGAUGAAACUGGAGAAGAGUCCCCUCAGCUAGCUGGUAUGGGGGCUCUGUUCACAAACAGGAAACUAAAAGAUAGCUUCUUGACACAUUAGAAAGAUUUAACCAAAAAACGGAGCAAACUGGAAUGUUACGUUACACAGUAGCAGAAUACCUGACCGCUGUGACUGACCCCAAAUUAAGGAAAGCUUUGACUAUGUACAGACUCGGUGAGCAUAGCCUUGCUAUUGAGAAAGGCCGCCGUAGGCAGACCUGGCUCUCAAGAGAAGACAGGCUAUGUACCCACUGCCCACAAAAUUAGGUGCAAACCGAGCUGCACUUCCUAACCUCCUGCCAACUGUAUGACCAUAUUAUUUGUAUUUAUUAGGGAUCCCCGUUAGUUCCUGCCAAGGCAGCAGCUACUCUUCCUGGGGUUUAUUAGGGAUCCCCAUUAGUUCCUGCCAAGGCAGCAGCCACUCUUCCUGGGGUUUAUUAUGGAUCCCCGUUAGUUCCUGCCAAGGCAGCAGCUACUCUUCCUGGGAUCCAAACACAUUAAGGCACUUACAGUGCAUUUGGAAAGUAUUCAGACCUCUUGACCUUUUCAACAAUUUGUUACGUUACAGCCUUAUUCUAAAAUGGAUUAAAAAAUAUAUAAUUCUCAUCCAUCUACACACAAUACCCCAUAAUGACAAAGCAAAAACAGGUUUUUAGAAAUGUUUGCAAAUUUAUAAAAAAUAAAGUGUGUGUAUAUAUAUAUAUAUAUAUAUAUAUGUAUAUAUAUAUCACAUUUACAUAAGUAUUCAGACCCUUUACUCAGUACUUUGUUGAAGCACCUUUGGCAGCGAUUACAGCCUCGAGUCUUCUUUGGUAUGACGCUACAAGCUUGGCACACCUGUAUUCGGGGAGUUUGUCCCAUUCUUCUCUGCAGAUCCUCUCAAGCUCUGUCAGGUUGGUUGGGGAGCGUCGCUGCACACCUAUUUUCAGGUCUCUCCAGAGAUGUUUGAUCGGGUUCAAGUCCGGGUUCUGGCUGGGCCACUCAAGGACAUUCAGAGACUUGUCCCGAAGCCACUCCUGCAUUGUCUCGGCUAUGUGCUUAGGGUCAUUGUCCUGUUGGAAGAUGAACCUUCACCACAGUCUGAGGUCCUGAGCGCUCUGGAGAAGGUUUUCAUCAAGGAUUUCUCUGUACUUUGCUUCGUUCAUCUUUCCCUCGAUCCUGACUAGUCUCCCAGUCCCUGCCGCUGAAAAACAUCCCCACAGCAUGAUGCUGCCACCACCAUGCUUAACGUAGGGAUGGUACCAGGUUUCCUCCAGAUGUGACGCUUUGCAUUCAGGCCAAAUAAUUCAAUCUUGGUUUCAUCAGACCAGAGAAUCUUGUUUCUCUUGGUCUGAGGGUCUUUAGGUGCCUUUUGGCAAACUCCAAGCGGGCUGUCAUGUGCCUUUUCCUGAGGAGUGGCUUCCGUCUGGCCACUCUACCAUGAAGGUCUGAUUGGUGGAGUGCUAUAGAGAUGGUUGUCCUUCUGGAAGUUUCUCCCAUCUCCACAGAGGAACUCUAGAGCUCUGUCAGAGUGACCAUCGGGUUCUUGGUCACCUCCCUGACCAAGGCACUUCUCCCCCGAUUGCUCAGUUUGGCCGGGCGGCCAGCUCUAGGAAGAGUCUUGGUGGUUCCAAACAUCUUACAUUUAAGAAUGAUGGAGGCCACUGUGUUCUUGCGAAUCUUCAAUGAUGCAGACAUUUUUUGGUACCCUUCCCCAGAUCUGUGCCUAGACACAAUCCUGUCUCAGAUCUCUAUGGACAAUUCCUUCGACCUCAUGGCUUGGUUUUUGCACUGACAUGCACUGUCAACUGUGGGACCUUAUAUAGACAGGUGUGUGCCUUUCCGUAUCAUGUCCAAUCAAUUGAAUUUACUCCAAUCAAGUUGUAGAAAUAUCUCAAGGAUGAUCAGUCAAAACAGGAUGCACCUGAGCUCAAUUUCGAGUCUCAUAGCAAAGUGUCUGAAUACUUAUGUAUUUAGUAUACAUUUGCAAAAAUGUCUAAAAACCUGUUUUGUCAUUAUGGGGUAUUGUGUGUAGAUUGAUGAGGAAAAACAUUAAUUUAAUCCAUUUUAGAAUAAGGCUGUAACGUAACAAAAUGUGGAAAAAGUCAAGGGGUCUGAAUACUUUCCGAAUGCACUGUACAUUACAUAUAAAACAAAAGAGAAAACAGUACAUCAUAUAACAUUAUUACACCACUACUAAAAUACAAAAUGUUAAAUACCACCAUACAACAAUAAUGCAAUGUAUGUGUGUGUAGAGUGCUAGCGUGAGUCUCUUCACAGUCCCCGUUGUUCCAUAAGGGGUAUUUGUACCUGUUUUUUUUUAAAAUCUUAUUCAGUUACCUGAUGUGGAAUAGAGUUCCAUGUAGUCAUGGCUCUAUGUAGUACUGUGCGCCUCCCAUAGUCUGUUCUGGACUUGGGGAUUGUGAAGAGACCUCUGGUGGCAUGUCUUGUGGGGUAUGCAUGGGUGUCUGAGCUGUGUGCUAGUAGUUUAAACAGACAGCUCGGUACAUUCAGCAUGUCAACACCUCUUACAAAAACAAGUAGGGACGAAGUCAAUCUCACCUCCACUUUGAGCCAUGAGAGAUUUACAUGCAUGUCAUUAAUGUUAUCUCUCUGUGUACAUCCAAGGGCCAGCCGUGCUGCCCUGUUCUGAGCCAAUUGUAAUUUUCCUAAGUUCCUCUUUGUGGCACCUGACCACACGACUGAACAGUAGUCCAGGUGCGACAAAACUAGGGCCUGUAGGACCUGCCUUGUUGAUAGUGCUGUUAAGAAGGUAGAGCAGCGCUUUAUUAUGGACAGACUUCUCCCCAUCUUAGCUACGGUUGUAUCAACAUGUUUUGACCAUGACAGUUUAACAAUCCAGGGUUACUCCAAGCAGUUUAGUCACCUCAACUUGCUCAAUUUCCACAUUAUUCAUUACAAGAUUUAGUUGAGGUUAAGGGUUUAGUUUUUAGUUUUUGAAAUAUUUAGGACUAACUUAUUCCUUGCCACCCAUUCUGAAACUAACUGCAGCUCUUUGUUAAGUGUUGCUGUCAUUUCAGUCGCUGUGGUAGCUGACGAGUAUAGUGUUGAGUCAUCUGCAUACAUAGACACACUGGCUUUACUCAAGGCCAGUGGCAUGUCAUUAGUAAAGAUUGAAAAAAGUAAGGGGCCUAGACAGCAGCCCUGGGGAAUUCCUGAUUCUACCUGGAUUAUGUUGGAGAGGCUUUCAUUAAAGAACACCACGGACAAGUAACUCUUUAUCCACAUUAUAGCAGGGGGUGUAAAAGCCAUAACACAUACGGUUUUAUUUUUAUUGUUCAGAGCAACAGUUAAGUCAGCCAUCAAUAUCAGGUUUUAGGAGUUUCUUAGGGGAAUGUUUAGUGCUGUGUUGACUGUCUUAGCCCCGCUCUUCCUCCCCCCUCCCCCUCCCCUCUUCUCUCCUCUCUCCUCUCUCCCUCCUCCCUCUCUUCUCUCCCUCCCCUCUCUUCUCUCCCUCCCCUUCUCUCCCUCCCCUCUCUUCUCUCCCUCCCCUAUCUUCUCUCCCUCCCCUCUCUUCUCUCCCUCCCUCUUCUCUUCCCUCACCUCCCUCCUCUUCUCUCCCCUUCCCCUCCUCUUUCUCUCCCCUCCCUCCCUUUCUCUCUUCCUCCCCUCUCCUUUCCUCCCCUCCGCCUACUCUUCCUCUCCCUCCUCUUCUAUCUCCCUCGGCCCUCAUCUUCUCUCCCUCUCCUCCCUCCCUUCCUCCCCCCUUUUCUUCCUCGCUCUCUCACUGCCCGUCUUCUCUCUCCCUCUCUCUCCUCUCUCUCUCGCUCCCCUCUUUCUCCGCCCCAUCUUCUCUCCCUCUGUCUCUCCCUCCCCUCUCUGCUUCUCAUCCGCUCUUCUCUCUCUCUUCUCUCUUGCACCCGGCUCUUCUCUCUCUCUCUCGAGCUCUCUCCCGGCUCUCUCCAACGUCUCGUCUCUCUCCGUCCCUCUUCCCGGCUCCCCUCGUCUCUCCCCCUCCGCCUCCCCUCCUCUUUUCUCCAGUCCUCUUCUUUCUCUCCUUCCCCCGCUCUCGUCUCCCUCCUCCUCAUUCCCUCCUCUUCCCAUGCUUCUCUCCCUCUUAUCUCUCCCUCCAGUGAUAACAGAGUUGGAUGGUUUGGCAAAGGGCCAGGAGAGCUGCGAUGGCACCGUCGGUGGGCGUGGUGGCAGUGGUUCGUCGUGGAAACCCUGGUGGUGGGGGUGCAGCCCACGCCCGGGCUGUCCAGGAGAAGGCUAAGGUUGCCGUGGCGUUUCUGGAGCGAGGGUUCGAGGCCAGGGAGCCCUGUCUCAGAGCGCUGACCAGCAGAGGAAGUCAACUGGAGUCUAUCGCCUUCCGGAGCGAAGACACCUCCGGACAACAGGUGUGUGUUUGUGUGACGUUUGUGGGUUUUGACGUGUUUAUUAAAAUGUCUGUCCAAGUACCCCAGAUCCCCUGUCAAGUAUAUUACCAUCUCUUGUAUGUGAAAUUAGAGUUUGGAGCAGUCAAUUGACUGCAAGUCCAAAAUGUCGUUUCAACCAAUUCCGGGCUAUCGUUGAAAUUCUGCUUUAGAUUUACUGGUGUCUCUCCCCACCCUCCAGGGGAACAAUGAUGAUGUCAUCUUGUCCUGCUGUCUCCACUACUGCAAAGAUGAGGCUAAGAACUUCAUGCCUGCACAAAGAGGUAGAUAUCGCCUCCCACCAACACACACACAUAUUGUAACAUCAUGCCUGUGUGUUACACAAUAAUGUGUCUAUACUAAUAUAUUUAUUCUACCUCCCUCCCUCCCCUCUUCUCCCCCCCUCCCUCCCUCCCUCUUCUCCCCCCUCCCUCCCUCCCUCUUCUCCCCCCCUCCCUCCCUCCCUCUUCUCCCCCCCCCUCCCUCCCUCCCUCUUCUCUCCCCCCCCUCCCUCCCUCCCUCUUCUCUCCCCCUCCCUCCCUCUUCUCUCCCCCCUCCCUCCCUCUUCUCUCCCCCCUCCCUCUUCUUUCCUCUGUUCCAGACGGUCCGGUGCGCUUGCGUCGGGAGGUGGUUCUCCUAACAGAUGACCGUAACCUGCGGGUCAAAGCCCUGACCAGGAAUGUGCCGGUCAGGGACAUCCCCUCCUUCCUCACCUGGGCCAAAGUGGGCUGAACCGGGUCACACCUUAGACCACGCCCAGAGCACCCAUACAACCAAUCAACUGCUGAGAACCGCUGGCCACCUCUCACACCACCUUGGAGUGGAGAAGGAGAAUAUACGCUAACGCAGAAGAGAAGACUGAUGGAGAGAAGAUUGAUGGAGAGAGAGAGAAGGAGAAGAAACUCAUUUUUUCGUGGAAAACCUCAAAUGAAAACUAAAAAGUUUUUUUUUUGAGGGUGGAAUGAGUUUAAUUGGCUGAGAUCUUUUUCUCCUCAUUGUGGUGAGGGGUGUGUUAAUUACCUCUCAGAGGGAGGAGAGGAGCAGAGAGAGUUUUAAGAGAUGCAGGAAGGCUGGACCAAGAGGAACGGUAGAGGAGAG